AUGGAAGUUCUAGUGCAAACCUAGGACUCUCAACGUGUUCCAUAAAAGAUCACCCCAAUGAUCAAGUAAACCAUAACCACGAAACCAUAACCACGUCGUUCCGUCCGAGCAACAAUCAUAUACUUCUUAUUCCCUAGGUAAGUAAGCAAGAUAAAAGAUAGAAAUGCGCGCUGGUCAAUAGCGUAUGAAGCUAAGGGCUUUUACGCGACGGCAAUACGUCGUCAGCGGACGAGCAACCAAGGCUAGGCAUGGCUCAUGGCUUCUGGGUAUCCCCGGAGCUGCCACGUGUACGCGACGUGGCAGCCCUGUAGUCCAUCUAACGCCGAUCCACGUGGCAACUCUCUGAUUACUCAAGCACGGACCGCUCGCUCGCUCGCUCGCUCGCUCGGCCUCUCUUCCUCAGUCUCCCAGCGGCGGCGCUCAUGCUGAGUAUCGGUGGCUCUAUCACUGAGGCAAUUCACCGAACAGUUGCCAUGCAGAGGUUUGGCAUGGAUUCGUGAACACGCAGCUCGCGCCACAUUCGAUCUCGUCCGAUGAGGAAUGUCUUCGGAAGCCUCAGGCGCCACCGCCGGUCUGCUGUGCUCUCCAAGAUUUUGUGCCUUGGAAAUAACAUUGAAGGCACUGGGGUGAGCUAUUUAGGGUUCUAUGUGAUGAAAGAUAUUCAAAUGACUCAGAGGAAAAAUAGUUGGUUGCCACCAGUCUUUUCACAACAAUGUUUGUUCUCGACUGGCUACACCAGCAUUCACGGUGAGAGGCCAUCUGCAGAGUAUGCUAAAUUGAGGAAGGAAUCACUAGAAAGUGAAUUUGGACAUGCUCUUGGAGAUAGCUCCAAGGGAUUAUCAGUUGUCUAUCACUUUGGUCCAUUUUUAGCUUUCUAUAGAGCGGCAAUUAUUUCAUUCUAUGUGUUGAAGUUGACCCUAUGGCAGUUCUUUGUCCAAGAUAUGAACAGAAGAGCCAUCAAGUUUCGAGAAACACUUAUAUGUUUGGGGCCUUUCUAUAUCAAGCUUGGCCAAGCUCUGAGCACCAGACCUGAUAUAUUGCCAACCAUAUAUUGCCAGGAGCUUGCUAAAUUACAGGAUCAAAUACCCCCAUUUCCAACUCCUGUCGCUAUUAAAUCUAUUGAAACCCAGUUGGGUGUUCCCAUUUCAAAGAUGUUUGCUGACAUAAGUCCAGAGCCAAUUGCAGCAGCAUCAUUAGGCCAAGUGUAUAAAGCUCACUUGCAUUCUGGAGAGCUUGUAGCUGUUAAGGUACAGAGACCUGGGAUGCCACUUGCAUUAACCCUUGAUGCCAUGUUGUUUCAUAUGAUGGGAGGCCAACUAAAGCGGUUUGCCAAGGCACGCAAGGACUUAUUAGUGGCUGUAAAUGAAGUGGUAAGGCAUAUGUUUGCUGAAAUUGAUUAUGUCAUUGAAGGGAAAAAUGCUGAACGCUUUGCUACUCUCUAUGGCUCUUACCGAUCCAAUGACCAGAGGAUUCAGUCAGAAGCAACAGGAGGGAAUACUGCCAAGUCCAAGAAUCCAAACUCAGUCAAAGUUCCAAAAAUAUACUGGGACCUUACUCGUAAAGCAGUUCUUACAAUGGAAUGGAUAGAUGGAAUUAAGCUCACUGAUGAACUUAACCUGAGUAAGGCCUGUUUGGACAGAAGGAAACUCAUUGAUCAGGGAGUAUACUGCUCGUUGAGACAACUACUUGAGGUAGGAUUUUUUCAUGCUGAUCCACACCCUGGGAAUCUUGUUGCUACUCGUGAUGGAUCUCUUGCCUAUUUUGACUUUGGCAUGAUGGGAGACAUACCUCGUCAUUAUCGUGUUGGACUUAUUCAAGUGCUCGUGCACUUCGUUAAUCGUGACUCUUUGGGCCUAGCAAAUGACUUUCUCUCUUUGGGAUUUAUUCCUGAAGGGGUUGAUGUUCGAGCAGUUUCAGAUGCAUUACGGGCAUCUUUUGUUGGGACUAGACAAUCUAAUGAUUUCCAGGGAGUAAUGCACCAGCUAUAUGAUGUUAUGUACGAGUUCAAUUUUUCACUGCCACCUGAUUAUGCUCUUGUAAUAAGGGCACUUGGAUCAUUGGAAGGCACAGCAAAAGUUCUCGAUCCCGACUUCAAAGUCAUUGAGACGGCAUAUCCUUUUGUCAUAGGGAGACUUCUUGCAGACCCGAAUCCUGACAUGAGAAAAAUUUUGCUGGAACUUCUCAUUCGUAAUGAUGGGUCUAUUCGAUGGAAUCGGUUAGAACGUCUGGUGGCUGCGAUAUCUGAUCAGGCAUCUGAAUCGGCAGAACCUUCUAACGAUGAAGAAGAUUCUUCAAAUUCUAUGGGCUGGAAAUCAUUUGACAUGCGUGCUGUUGUUGCUGCUACUGAAGAUCUUUUACAGUUCAUCUUGUCUGAAAAGGGUUCAAGGGUCCGGAUAUUUCUUCUUCGGGAUAUAAUCAAAGCAGCCGAUGCUUUUCUACAGGACGAAGUACUUGGUUGCAUAUUGAAUGAGAACGUUGAAGCCACUGAAAAAUCACAUUCUGAGGAUCAUGCUAUGCUCACGAGGGUGGUCAAGGGGUUUAAAUCUCUGUAUCAGGCAGUAAAGAUGGCACCUGAGUUGUGGUCAGCUAUGUUAAUCCGUAUGGUUGUGAAGCCUGAUUUCCAAGGAUUCAUGAUGGACAUAGUUUCGACUUUACUAUUUCAUUCUAGUAUUAAGCUUCCCGAGACUUCUUGGGUUUGUAUCUCUAGAAUUCUUCAUAAGGUGGUGGACGAUUCAGGUGAAUUGUGAGGGAGACGCCAAGUAAUUAGUCAUGGUGUACCUUCCUUUUCACGCAAAAGCCAAUUUUGACCUUUAUUCGUGUAGUAGUACAAAUCUUUUGGUAGUUGUAGGCUGAUGCAGCUUGCGAAGUUCAAGACCAUGGCCUGAGAGGGCAAAAAUGGGGAAAGCAAGUACCUUGAAAACUGGAGCAGAAGGAGGACUCAGAUCAACGAAGGAAUUGUCGGCAAGGCAAUGGUGCCAUUACGCACGACGAGCGAACAUACAAGGCCAUCCUCAUUGUCCUCCCUCUGUGUUAUGCCAUUCUACUCUUAGUGAGAAAAUAGAUCUCGGAAGAGUUAAUUUGUUUUAGGGAAAACUGUGGAUAUGUGCUCCUUAGGUACCGGGAUAGUGAAAAUAGUUGAUUAAAUAGCUUUGUUUGAGAGGCUGAAAUUCUAGACCUUUGCUUUGAGAUGUUCGAACCUUUUAUGCUCCAGAACAUCAGAAGAUCGAAAAGCAUAGAACAUUGUAUUGCCGUCCUUUCUGAUAAGCACCUUUUAGUA